AUGAGGUUGAGUAGGGAUGGCGAAGAGAAAAAUCGAGUGUCGGCGAAAUUAUUUCAAGAGCUGUUCUACCUAUCCACUUUGGUUCGUGAAUCUGCCUAUGGUUCGCAUUUUGGUUCACCAAAUGGUAUUUUAGUCACGCGCAGAGGAUAUGCAGAGAUAUUUAGUCGUACAAAACCCCAUAUGAACAUUGGGACCAUCGGUCAUGUCGAUCAUGGAAAGACAACCCUCACGGCAGCCAUCACCAAGGUCCUUGCCGAGACUGGUGGUGCUACCUUCACCGACUACGCCCAAAUUGACAAAGCACCAGAAGAGAAAGCCCGUGGUAUAACCAUUAACUCUUCGCAUGUCGAGUAUGAGACGGAUUCACGGCAUUAUGGUCAUAUUGACUGUCCCGGACACGCUGAUUACAUCAAGAACAUGAUUACUGGUGCCGCGCAAAUGGACGGUGCUAUUAUUGUCGUUUCUGCAACUGAUGGUCAAAUGCCUCAAACUCGUGAACAUUUGCUACUAGCUCGACAAGUAGGAAUAAAAAAGCUUGUUGUGUUUAUCAACAAGGUCGACAUGAUCAACGACCCGGAAAUGCUGGAACUUGUGGAUAUGGAAAUUCGGGACCUUCUUUCAACAUACAACUUCGAUGGAGAAAAUACACCUAUCGUUAUGGGCUCGGCACUUGCUGCUCUAGACGGCCGUGAUAAGGAAAUUGGCGUUGACAAAAUCUUGGAACUCGUCAAGGCUUGCGACACAUGGCUCGACCUUCCUGCUCGUGAUCUUGACAAACCCUUCUUAAUGCCCAUCGAAGAUGUCUUCUCUAUCUCUGGUCGUGGCACCGUCGCUACUGGCCGUGUGGAACGUGGGACUGCCCUCAAGGGUAAGGAAGUCGAAAUUCUCGGUCUCGGGAAUUCUUUCAAAACCACACUUACUGGCAUUGAAAUGUUCCACAAAGAGCUUGAACGGGCAGAAGCUGGUGACAACAUGGGGGCUCUCCUUCGUGGUACCAGGCGUGACCAAGUUCGUCGGGGACAGGUCCUCAUUGAACCUGGCUCAAUGAAGGCCGUAAAGAAGUUCCGCUCUCAGGUUUAUAUUUUGACCAAGGAUGAAGGCGGACGUUACACUCCCUUCAUGCAAGGAUACCGUCCUCAACUCUAUCUUCGUACUGCCGACGUAACUGUUACCUUGAACUUUGCCGAGGGUACACCCGAUGCCGAAGAAAAAAUGGCCAUGCCCGGUGACAAUGUCGAGCUCGAUUGUGAAUUGAUCUUUGACCUUGCCGUCGAAGUCGGCUCACGUUUCACUCUGCGGGAGGCAAACAAGACCAUCGGAACUGGUGUCGUCACAAAGAUUUUGGAGUAG